AUGGCUUCAGCGGACCCAUACACACCACCUCCCCUCCCUUCUCCCUUCACGAACACAACCCCUCCACCGCAAUUGCUCACCCAAGGCGCCGAAGCACACCUCUAUAAGACCGUCUUCCUCUCACCCUCCACCCCAGCUGCUCUGAAGGUCCGCCCGUCAAAGCCCUACCGCCACCCGAUUCUCGACCGCCGGCUCACGCGCCAGCGCAUACUGCAGGAAGCGCGGUGCCUGGUCAAACUCGUCCGGGAAGGCGUCAAUGUCCCCGCCGUGCUGGCGCUGGAUUGGGAGGGCCAAUCUGGCGAAAAGGGAUUCGGAGGGGCCUGGUUGAUGAUGGAGUGGAUUGAGGGGUUGGUGGUGCGCGUCGUACUGGAGCGGUGGGAGAAAUACAUGAAGCGGAACCAGGCUGGCCAGGGCGCGGAGGAACUGAAAAAGGAAGAAGCGCGGGUUCGAGACUUGAUGAGGAGAAUUGGGCACGCUGUUGGGGCACUGCACAAGGCCGGCGUUAUCCAUGGGGAUCUGACGACGAGCAAUCUCAUCCUGCGACCGCCGAGUCAUGCGGAGCAGCAACCCGCCGCUGACGAGACAAAUCCGUCCAUGGAGGGGGAUGUUGUUCUGAUCGAUUUUGGCUUGGCCAGUCAGAGUCUGCAGGAUGAAGACCGCGCGGUCGAUCUAUACGUGCUUGAGAGGGCGUUUGGUAGCACCCAUCCUCGUACUGAGCCGCUCUUCGAAGAGGUCCUCAAAGGGUAUAAGGAAAGCUACAAGGGCGCUAGCUCUGCGUUGAAACGGUUAGAGGAAGUGCGGAUGAGAGGUCGUAAGAGAAGUAUGAUUGGAUGA